UUAUACGUUAAUAAAUAAACGACCCACACAAAUAAAGGGCCAGUCUCUCCCGGAGCCAGACAUUUUGAAGUUCCCAGUGCAGCCAUUUUCUCCUGGUGAAGGUCCGUGGCCGCGCGCUCACCGGCGGGUAGGUGGCAGUGUGACGCCACCGAAGACGGUUGACCACGCGCCGAGGAAACGUCACCGGCACCAGGCACCGGGGCAGAGGAAGUCAUGCGCGUGCUUUUGCGUGCGGUUGCGUUUCUCGCGCAGCAGGCUCGUCACAAAAGUCCGCUUUUCUCCGGCGCUGUUUGUCCGGAUCUCGUGAAAAUGGCCCAUUUCCUCACGGAGGAGAGAGGCCGCCCAAACUCGCCCGACUACAGGAUUUAUUUGAAAACGUCCGGUGGAAGAUACGUUUCCCCCUUUCACGACAUCCCCCUCUAUGCCUCCGACGAGCAGGAGAAUGGCGUACCAACAAAAAAACAGAAAACACAAGACAAUGAGAUUCUCUUUAAUAUGGUGGUAGAAGUUCCACGCUGGACAAAUGCCAAGAUGGAGAUCGCCACAAAAGAGCCUUUGAACCCCAUCAAACAAGAUGUUAAGAAAGGCAAACUUCGCUACGUGGCCAACGUUUUUCCACAUAAAGGCUACAUCUGGAACUACGGGGCACUACCACAGACCUGGGAGGAUCCAAACCACACAGACAAAGACACUAACUGCUGUGGAGACAAUGACCCUAUAGAUGUGUGUGACCUUGGUACCAAGGUGUGCUCCGCUGGCCAGGUGAUUCAGGUGAAGGUGCUCGGUGUACUUGCUCUGAUUGAUGAAGGAGAGACCGACUGGAAGAUAAUAGCCAUCAACACAGACGACCCUGAUGCUUCCACACUCAACAGUAUCAAAGAUGUUCGCGUGAAAAGACCCGGCCAGCUGGAUGCGACCGUGGAGUGGUUCAGGAAGUACAAAACUCCAGACGGGAAGCCCGAGAACCAGUUUGCCUUUAAUGGCCAGUUCAAGGACAAGGACUUUGCUCUGGAAGUUAUAAAGUCAGCUCAUAACUACUGGAAAGCGCUUGUGCAGAAACAGACAAAAUGUGGCGAGAUAUCCUGUCAGAACUCCUCAGUGUGUGAAAGUCCAUUCCGGUGCAGUGACACAGAGGCCGAUGAGGUGGUCCGAGCGGCACCUGAGCUUGGAGGAGCUCUACACAUUCCUGCAGAAGUGGACAAAUGGCACUUCCUGUCUCCGUGACCCUAGAAGAGGUACACAGGUUCACCAAGCAUCUGCCUGGUGUUCAACAUGAGCACUUGCACUGAAAGACUGACUAGGUCACAGGUGAAGUACUGUGUGCCCUCAGCUGAUGUGAAAAUCACAUUAUAUCAUUUUAGAAGCUUCCCAUUUCUUUGUAAAUCCAGACGUGCAAAUCAACUCAGUUUUCAGUUAAUUCUGUUAAUGAUGAGAGAUUUUACUGUUGUUUUCCUCCCUGUUCAUGUCGCUGCUGAAAUGCUCCACAUUGCUUUAACACGCAAGUGUUCUUCACUGUUCUGGCUGAGGGGAAGUGCCUUGUCAUGUUUUGUCAAGGGUUACAAGUGUUCUGUUUUUCAAAGAUGUGUUUCAAAGUGAGUGAAUGAAGGGCUGACCUUGCUAGUGUUCCUACUGGGUGGAACUGUUAUUCUCUCUCUCUCUCUCUCUCUCUCUCUCUCUCUCUCUCUCUCUCUCUCUCUCUCUCUCUGUGUCUCUCAUUUGGCUAUUAGAUGAGUGUGACAAUUGAAAUGCUUGAAAUAAAUAUAAAUUUUAUUAAAAACACCCACAUCUCAGCAAUAUCAGGAAUGAUAUAAUAAACAGCUUUCAAAUAAACUGCAUUCAGUACUUCAGUACAUUACAAUACUUACAGUAUUUAUAUCCAUCCUUAAUUCCAUUUUUAAACAUACCAAAUUUUAAGGGCGCAGUGGAAACAGU